AUGCCAACGGAUCCUGAAUUCAUCCGACCGGAAGACGGCGAGGACGAUAAAGGGGACACUUUAGGGACAUACAAAGGCCAAAGGAAUUUGCAUGGCGAGAGACACGGAAAGGGGCAGGUUAUUUUGCCAAACGGGGAUAAAUACGUCGGCUCGUAUUGCAAAGGACUUCGCUAUGGGAAAGGACUUUACGUCUUCAAGAACGGGGCCCGAUACGAGGGAGAAUGGAAAAACGGUCUGAAAGAUGGCCGAGGUACCUUUUGGUACCCUGACGGUACCUACUACGACGGGGAGUGGAGGCACGACAUGAAACAUGGAUUCGGUCUGUAUUGUUACAUGAAUAAAGACACCUACGAGGGCUCCUGGAAGAGAAAUCGUCGCCAUGGACUAGGGACGUACAUUUUCCCAUCGACAGGAGCUAAAUUUAUGGGGACGUGGGUAAACGAUCGCAUGGAAGGAUCAGGACAAAUAAUCCACCCUCGCCACCGUUUCCACGGAUCCUGGGAGGGGAAUGUUCCAUUCGGAACAGGCUGCUACACUUUCGAGAACAAGUGCAUGCAGCUCGGCCACGUCGUUCACGUCCCAGAUCCUGACUUCCAAGGAGGAGAAAAGGAUUCCAGUGUCCCUCUCGAUACCCAGGAUAAAGGAACUGCCGAGGAGGAGAGGCAGGAUGUGUCAGGGAUUAUUCCCUUGAAAAAAGGAGUACUUCCUCUAUGGCGUGCCAGAACCAUUACUCCUUACAAUCCUGACAAGGUGCCUGCAGAUCCUGCGCCUUUACAGGAAGAGGAUUCCCUGCAGACCCUGGAGGGAAAAUGCGAGAGCAGCAUGUGGCUCGAGGAGGAUUAUCUUAAAUACCCCCAGGAGUACUACGGCGAGGGCUACCUCGACGAAGAAGACGUCCAGGAACCUCGGUCCGAGUUCCCUGAAAUCGAAGACGUACCUUCAUCUCCUGCGCCAUGA